UGCUUGAUUGAGCGACCGGAAGACGGGACCCGCUCAAAAGAUCCACGCCAAACACCCACCGACGCCGUUGUCCGCCGCAUCCGCCCUCGCCGCCGCUCCUCCUCCGGCUGAACCUAGUUGAAGUCCGGUCUGCGCCACUCCUUUGCCCCACCGAUUUCCCCACUCCGCCUCCGCCGCUAUUCCAUCGCGCCGAUGUCUCGCCUCCGCCUCCUCCGCCGCAGCUCCUCCUCCACCACACUGAUACCCCGCCUCCGGCUCCUCCGCCGCUGCUCCACCUCCACCUCCACCUCACCGCCCUCAGGCCCCUGGUCUCCCCGAGACGCUUUUGUCGCCGCCAUAGAGCGUGUUCGCGCCGGGACGCUCAGCCCGGAAGACGCUCACCACCUGUUCGACGAUUUGCUCGGUCAAGCCACCCCGGUCCCCGAUCGCACCAUGAACGGCGUCCUCGCCCGUGCCACGUCCCCCGCCGCCUGCAUCAGAGAUGGCCCCGCCCUUGCCGUCGCUCUCUUCAACCGUGUGUGCCGAGAAGAGGCCGGUCCGCAUGUGGCGGCGCCCACAGUCCACACCUAUGGCAUCCUCAUGGACUGCUGCUGCCGCGCACGUCGCCCGGACCUAGGGCUUGCCUUAUUCGGCCGCUUCCUCAGGACAGGCCUGAAGGCAAACGAGAUCGUCGCCACCACCUUCCUCAAGUGCCUCUGCUGCGCGAAACGGACAGAAGAGGCUGUGAAAGUACUGCUUCACAGGAUGCCCGAGCUGGGCUGUGUGCCUAAUGCCAUCUCGUACUCCAUAGUUUUGAAAAGCUUGUGUGAAAAUAGCAUGAGUCAGCAGGCACUCGACCUGCUCCAGAUGGCGACAAAAGAAGGAGGCUGCCUUCCUGAUGUGGUGGCAUAUAGCGCAAUCAUCCAUGGCUUCUUUAAGGAGGGCGAAAUAGACAAGGCAUGCCAUCUAUUCCAUGAAAUGAUGCGGCAAGGGGUUGUGCCGACUGUGGUGACAUACAACAUAAUAAUUGAUGCGUUGUGCAAGGCCGGAGAAAUGGACAAGGCAGAGCUAGUCUUUCAGCGGAUGGCUCGUAAUGGUGCGCGGCCUAAUAAAGCGACAUGUAAUGGCAGUAAAUUUAGUUCACUGACUGACGGAUAUUGCUCAGUCGCCAAGAUGGAUAAAACAUUCAAACUGCUUGAUGCCAUGAUAUCAGUUGGAAUUGAGCCUGAUGCUGUUACUUAUAGUGCACUUCUUGAUGGCUAUUUUAAAAAUGGAAGGAUCGAUGAUGGUUUGACCCUAUUUAGAGAAAUGUCGUGCGAGUUAAACCUACAACUGUGACAUAUGGCAUCAUACUGGAUGGUUUAUAUCGUGCUGGGAGAACUGCUGCUGCAAAGGAAAUGUUUCAUCAGAUGAUCAAAAGUGGAAUAACAGUGCCCGUUUCCAUAUACACUAUAAUUCUUAGAGGACUUUGUAAAAAUAAUUGCGCUGGCGAAGCAAUCACCAUGUUCCAGGAAUUACGUGCAAUGAAUGUGAAGUUUGAUAUCAUAACACUCAAUACCAUGAUUAAUGCCAUGUACAAGGUUCAGAGAAGAGAAGAAGCUAAAGGUUUGUUUGCUGCAAUAUCAGCCAGUGGGUUGAUGCCUGAUGCUUAUACUUACAACGUAAUGAUAAACAAUCUUCUAAAAGAAGGAUCAGUGGAAGAAGUUGACAAUAUGUUUUCAUUGAUGGAGAAGAGUGGUUGUGCUCCCAGCUCUCAUCUUGUAAAUGAUAUCAUCAGAAGGUUGUUGGAAAAAGGUGAGAUUGCCAAGGCUGGAAAUUAUUUGUCUAAAGUUGAUGGGAAGAUCAUCUCACUUGAAGAUUCAACCAUUUCAUUGUUGUCGUCUCUUUUUUCAAGCAAAGGGAAAUAUCGGGAGAACAUCAAGUUACUUCCUGCAAAUUAUCACUUUUUAGAUGGAUUUAGUGGCAUUGCACAUGAGACUAACUCCUAAGAAAGCACGGUUCAACUCUUUUCUUGCCAUAAGGCCCUCCUGCUAGUACAAGAUAUCUUAAUGGCCUGCUUUGUACCUUCAAUAUUUCAUUGAGUUCAUUUUGUGAUGUGUCAAAGUCACAAGAAUGUGUAAUGUCUAUGAAUUUUUUGAUCUUCGAUGGGCAAGGAAACGUUGACCAAGUAGUCUAAUUCCAUUGGUGGUAUGAGGUAAUGACUUCGUAAGAAUUUUUGGGGUAAUUACUUCUGAUGCGAUUUGGGAAGGUAUACAAUCUUUUCUACCAGACACCUGAGAUUUUAUCCCUUUGAAACAGUCACUUUCCUUCGUAAGAAUGCAUUUUUAGCAAUGUCAUUCUCAGUGGUCUGCUGUGCAUGCGAGGGUGGAUUUACUCUUGAUUUGAAAAUUAUAUUUUCUAUGUCAGGACAAACAGGUUCUUGAAGAAUGUAUGUCUGAGGUUGCUGAUGCUAUGUUGAGUUAGCAGAUAUGCGAGCUCAUGCCAGAGUCUCCUGUAUUCUAUCCUGUCAGUUCCAUUGGUGGAGCUUGUUACAUACAGGUAAAGGUAUGGCCAAGAAUUCACCGGUGUGUGCUUCUGAUUCAAUCUGCAGGAUGCCAACACCACCUCGGGUCCUGCACUUUCAUAGGGAUGAGGCGCCACUGCCAGCCUUGCAUUGAUGCGCUGUACUUACUUCCCCUCUUCAUGUACGCGCUCACAGCAAGUUCUACCUCCAGGACAAGACCUUCCCUAGCCACCAGAACGUUUGUAGAAGACAUGUUUUUAGCUGUAGUUGAACAGCAGCUGAAUCACCAAAGCUCGGCGCAUUAGAGAUGUGAACGCGAGGAAGAGUGUUGCAGUGGGUGGCUAGACAUAUGGCUUUCUUGACCAAUCUGAAACUAUACAACCUUGAAGAGAAUACCUGCAAACAGCCCCGUAUUGGAGUAUGAGUUAAGUGAUGGAAUCAUCAUGAAUUGGCUCUACCAGACUGGUAUCGAGCUAUAUGGCCCAAGGUGGGCUAUGUGCAUGUUUUGCACAGCUUGAAUAAUUGGAUAUCGUAAGAUGAGAUGCGCUCGUCCACUGGCCAUACAAAAGAGUUCCAAAGCUUGUAUCAGAAGGCGGCACGAAGCGCGGAUGCUGUGCUGGAGAGGAUGAACGUGCGCUCUGAGAAGGUGCACGGGCAAUCGACCGGAGCUUGCUGCAAAUGAUAAUUUUCAGUUUGGCAGCUCAACUGCAAAGUAAGAAACCCAAGCUGAUAUGUAGUUUGCAAACUGAAACUGACCGGAAUGAAGCUUGCUUGUCUUUGUUUUUUGUUUGAGCUGCAGAUGCUGCUGCUGCCAACACGUAGGCAUUCCAGGUCAAAAUCAAGUGCAAGAUAUCCAACACACGUCCGCCAUUUUUCAUGGAUUGCAGAUCCUUACCACGGAAGGCCUGAUGCAUCUGCGCAGUCCUGCUCUUGACCUUAUUCAUCUCGCUGAAGUUCGGCACGGCAUUGGGAACUGAACCAUCUCCUGCUGAAAUCACUUUAGUAAGUAAGGCAUCAAGAUGUCUCACCCGAGUUGACCCUCAUCCACUUUUCUUGCGUCUUGAAUGUGCCGACAGGCUAGAAAACAGAGCCACAGCAAAGGCACAAAGGUAUCUUAUGGCCACUUA